UUUCAUUUUCCGGGAGGAGGGAAUGGAAACUCUCCGGAGCCUGGGGUCUUCCCCCGGCUGGGUUAGAGAGGACAGAAGCAGCUGCGCUUUUGCUUGGAAGAGCUGCUGGGUGUAUAGAGAAACAGGCUUUCCUGUUGAUCAGUGGGCCCUCCAAACACUGCCCAGAUGGAGCUGAGAGAUUAUCAGUGGGAAGUCAUUGAGCCUGCCCUAGAGGGCAAGAAUAUAAUUAUUUGGCUGCCAACAGGGGCUGGGAAGACCAGGGCAGCUGCAUACAUCUGUAAGAGGCACUUGGAGAACCAAGAAAAGAGCAAAGUCAUUGUGUUAGUCAACACGGUUCCUCUUGUGGAUCAACACCUGAAGAAUGAGUUCAGCUCCCUAAAGAACCUUUUCCAGGUUACUGCUAUCAGUGGAGAGAGCAGCCAAAGACUGUGCUUCUCAGAAGUAGUGGAGAUGAAUGAUUUGAUCAUCUGCACAGCCCAAAUCCUACAAAAUGCCUUCCAGAGCCAAGAGGAGGAAAUGCAUGUGGAGCUGACAGAUUUCUCCUUGCUGGUGAUUGACGAGUGCCAUCAUACCCACAAGGACAGCACCUACAACAAGAUCAUGCAGAACUACCUGGAGCGCAAGCUGAAAGGCCAGCGGAACCUGCCGCAAAUCGUUGGGCUCACAGCCUCGUUGGGCACUGGAGGUGCCAACUCGUUGAAGGAAGCCCAAGAGCAUAUCCUACAGAUUUGUGCCAACCUGGACACUGAAAAAAUCAUGUCCUCUGAUAAAUAUAAGUUCUACCUUAACGAUCGUGUCCAGCAACCCAAGAAGCAGUAUGAUCUGACUGAAGAACGGCCCCUGGAUCCCUUUGGUGCAAAGAUCAAGGAGAUCAUGUCAGAGAUCCAUACUUACCUGAAUGUGCCUGACUUAACUACAUAUUUUGGCUCUCAGAUAUAUGAGCAACGCAUUGUGGAGCUUCAGAAAGAAGGAGCGGAAGGAUUCUGCCGAAAGACCCGAGUAUGUGCCUUGCACCUGCGUAAAUACAAUGAUGCCUUGCUGAUCAAUGACACUGUGCGUGUGAUUGAUGCCUUCCGAACUCUGGAGGAGUUUUACCAGCUGGAGAGAGCUAUGAAGGAGCUACAGGAUCCAACUGAGCGCUACCUGGUUGAUAUCUUUGACCGGAACAAGGAACACCUCUUGGCCGUAGCUGAAGAUGCACGCUAUGAGAAUCCUAAACUUGGUAAAUUGCAACAAGUCCUCCAGGACCGGUUCCAAGCGGACAGCGACUCACGGGGCAUUGUGUUUGUCCGGACACGCCAGGGUGCUCAUGCCCUAUACCAGUGGGUAAAGGAUAAUGUUGAUCUGCAACAAAAGGCGAUCAAGGCUGGUGUCCUGACUGGGGCUGGGUACAGCAACCAGACCAAACACAUGACCCAGCAUGAGCAGCAAGAUGUCCUCCAUAAGUUCCGCAAGGGGCAGCUCAAUCUGCUGUUCUCCACCAGUGUAGCCGAAGAGGGACUGGACAUUCCUGAAUGUAACAUCGUUGUCCGUUACGGACUGAUGACCAACGAGAUUGCCAUGAUGCAGGCUAGAGGCCGUGCCCGUGCCUCCAACAGCAUCUGCUCCGUCUUGGCCAAGGCCAACAGCAAGGAAGUAGCCCGUGAACAGCUCAAUGAGAACCUGGAAGUCUUGAUGGAGAGAGCUAUUGAGAGGGUGCAGAAGAUGCCCUUGUGGGAAUACAGUCAGACGAUUGCAAAGCUUCAGCAUGAGGCUGUGGUGAUGCGCAAGAUGCGAGAACUUCAAUGUGAGGAGCGACGCCAGCAACACGAUCCAGACCUCAUGCGUCUCUACUGCAUCAACUGCAACGAGGCAGUCUGCCAUGGCUCUGACCUGCGCACAAUAGAGAAAACUCACCGUGUAAAUAUCAACCCCAACUUCAGACUCUACUACAGAAAGUCACUUGACCGUGUGGAGAUUCCUCGUAACUUCAGGGACUGGGAACCAGGCUGCUCCAUCAGCUGCAAUAAAUGUGGGCAGGCUUGGGGAAUGGAAAUGAUCUACCGAGCAGUCACCCUGCCAAUGCUCUCAGUUAAAAAUUUCGUGGUGGAAAGCCCAGAUGGCAGAAGAACCUACAAGCAAUGGAGCAAAGUCACUUUUGCCAUUGAGGAGUUUGACUAUGUCCAAUAUUGUGAAACAGUCUUCGAGCUGGACAUUUAAUGCUCAGAGAAGAAAAGGAAAAACAAGUGUGGAAGAGGCCUAAGAUAGCACUGCUGGAGCCGGCCACUUUAAAGGCAGAAAAACUAGACACAAGCUGUGUCAAGGCGUGGCAAGAUUAACCAGACAAGGGCCACCAUCCUCGGCUUGCCUUCCUUAUUUUAGGGUCACUCGCACUGGAAUCUGUCUCUGGCUUUGUGACGUAAGUAGGAUGAAAUCUCAGAAGGAAUUUUUCUUCUCUUUAAAUUUUUGAUAGUUAAACUUUUUAAGGUAGUUGCCAUUUCUUUGCUUAAAUGUCUGAAGAAUGUAUUUGUAAAUAAGUCUGAGGACUUGUUAAAUUGGUUAAUUCAAGCAAAGAGAAAUUGGUUCCUAGCUGACUGAUGUUUCCCAGUUGAUGUAACAGUAAAGUCAACUGUGAGAGCGAGGGUUAGAAGUCCAUGUCGUAUUAACUCGUUAGAAAAUGUAAGAAAUGACCCGUUUGUUUAUUGAGAUUGAUGAAAUUAUGUCUUCACGAUUUUGCUUUGUAAUGUAAUAAUUUCAUAUAGCUUAAUGAAGCUUAAAACCUGUUACAAAGAACAGAAGUGGACAACAGAACUAAGGCCACAGAGGACAGUCACUGAUUUAAUGCUGCUUUUAUUUUACAGGGUACAAAUUUUUAAAGUUUUCAACAAUAAUUAAAGUGCGUAAUUUUACAGUAUUCCAGCUCUGACUUGUAUGGAUCAAAUAUACAUAUGUUACAGAAAAUAUAUACAAAUAUUUUCAAAUAUUUUACAUUCAUGUACAUAUUAAAUGAGGGAAAAAAAACCUAACUCCUUUCACAA